CAUCUGAUUGCUUUGAGCUCGCCUUACUCGGCUGGCAGACGUCUCUCAGUUGGUGUGGGGGAUGCUGUGGCGCGAGAUCGUGAAGCGUUGCUUUUUCCUGGGCGCUGUCAUCUUGGGUAUAGCUAAGGUAUAGUGAGUCGAGGAAGACCCAGGGAAGGAACCUCCUUGAGUAGUUUCCAUUUUCCAAGUGGAUUUUGUUGACUGGAAUACAGAUCAAAAACUUGAAAGCAGUAUGCUUUGCCUCCUGAAACUGAUUGUGAUUCCAGUGAUUCUGGGUGAUCCUUGGGGCCUGGCUGACAUGACUGUCUCCCCUGAGCUGACCGUGCAUGUGGGUGAUUCAGCUUUCAUGGGAUGUGUUGUCCAGAGCACAGAAGAGAAACAUGUGGUCAAAGUAGACUGGAUACUCUCAAACGGGAAAUAUGCUGAGAAUGAAUACGUGCUAUACUAUUACUCCAACCUUAGCGUGCCUACGGGACGCUUCCAGAACCGUUCCCAUCUGGUGGGGGACAUCUUACGAAAUGAUGGUUCUCUCCUGCUCCAAAAUGUGCAAGAGGAUGACCAGGGGACCUACACUUGUGAAAUCCGCCGCAAAAGCGAGAGCAUGGUGUUUAAAAAGUUAGUGGAACUGCGCGUGCUGCCGGAGGAGCCUAAAGAGCUCACAGUCCAUGUUGGCGAUUCAGUCCCGAUGGGAUGUUUUUUCCAGAGCACAAAAGAGAAACAUGUUACCAAGGUGGACUGGAUGUUUUCUUCUGGGAAGCAUAACAAGGAGGAGGUUGUCUGGCGCUAUGACUUCGACAGCUAUGACUUCAAGGAGCGUAGUGGGUUCUUCCAGAACCAGGGCCGCUUCCGAAACCGGGUAAACCUGAUGGGCGACAUCUCCCGAAACGACGGCUCUAUCAUGCUUCAGACAGUGAAGGAGUCUGACCAGGGAGUCUACACCUGUCGCAUCUACCUGGGCAACCUGGAGUCCAGGAAAACCAUUGAGCUGCGUGUGGUCCAGGAGAGAUCUCAAAUGUCAAUUUCAACAACUCCUCGACCCAAGACUGAUCAGCUGACGAUCUUGGAUGGGAAUCAGCUGGUGAUAAUUGUGGGGAUUCUCUGUGCCACCUUCUUGCUACUCCCUGUUUUGAUACUGAUUGUGAAGAAAACCCAGUGCAAUAAGAGUUCAGUGAAUUCUACACCUUCCUUGAAGAGCCUGGAGAGCAAAGAGAAAGCUAAUCCAGAGAAACAUGUCUACUCCUCAAUAACUACGUGGGAGGCGAUGGAUGAAGGACCAAGUGGACAAUCAGAGGCCACCUACAUGACCAUGCACCCAGUUUGGCCUUCUCCCUCCAAAGCACCCAGUUUGGUCCUCUCUCCAGUCAGACCCAAAUAAUCCAGUUGGAAAAAAAAAAGUUGGAAAAAAAAAAAGUCAGCUUCGGGAAUUCCCCAAAACAGCAAGCUUUCUGAGAAGAGAAGAGAGGUACCUCGUCUCGGCAGCGGCACAGACUGUAUUUUUGGUGGCCCCCCAGCCACUGUGUCGCCUAUUUUAGACUUCUGCUUUCUCGCUGGUCUCGACCUCCAUCAGAGGCCUGAAGAUGGAAGGUUUGGAGUCUGGCAGGAAGACUGGACUGCUCCAGAUAAACAGGCACUGAUGAGGGGAACGAGACCGUAGGCUUCUCCCAGAAGUGGUGUGCUGGCUGGUGGGGCUGGGAAGCCGGCUGGUCUACCCGUGGUCUCAAGCCGUCCCUUGGACCGGAUCUUUAAUGUGAACAGUGUUUUUUGUGAAUGAGCUACGAAGAGGCUCACAGAGAUACCAACCAACAAAAACAAUUCUUUUGAUGAAUUAUCCCCAAAUAAAUUUGGUUUGUGGGAACCAUCCUUUUUUUUUUAAUGUCCUGGAUGAAGGGUGAGAGGUGGAAUUUGAAGUGUGGAACUCCUGAGAGAUGUCCCUAGAGAAGAGCUACAAAGGACUCAGCACAUGGGGACUGGAUUGGUUCUGGGGAAGGUUAGGAGGUGAUGUGUUGGAAGUGGGGGAUUUAACUUAGUGGUUUUCCUCAUGCUGGGGAUCUGCAUUGGUGGCUGCUAGCUAGGCCUAUGGAAUUUGGGCAUGUCUUUUUCAAAAGUGUUGAACAGGCUUGCCAAAGCAACAGCUGAUGACUGAACUCUUGGUCUGAAAUGUGUGGUUCCUAGACUUUGGGUUGUAAUCAUGAGAUUUAAAAGGGUUAAUCUUAUUUA